GCAUGCAUUGCUGGUGGGGCUCGCCGCAUGGUGGCGUUCCAGUCGAACUCGUUUAACUUUUACCUAACCAACGAAUUCAGAACCUAACCGCCUCUUUCGCGCGUUCCACCGUGUUGUAAAAAGCUGAACGAACGCAAUAAAAACGAUCGCAACUGCUUCAGAUGGAAUAAUCUCGAAGCUUAGAACGCAGAUCGUCGACAUUGAAAAAACCAAUCAAUCGCAAAAAUGAUGGGGUUAUCUGACGAAUCCGGAGAAAUUCACUCAUAUUCACCAAUCCCUACACGGUGCCGGAGGAUGGAGAGGUACCGAACGUAUUUUAAUUACGACAUGGCAAGGAUCUUCAAUAUUAUUAAUCGAGGUGCCGGCGUGCGACUUUCCAACCACACAGGGCUCAUCUUCUUCAUCAUCAUCAUCGUAUCUCUACCAAUUGAAUUACCCUCAGUACACGGCAGGAAGUGCGUGUGCACAAGCAAGUCAUGCCUGGAGGCAGGCACGGACACCCGCAGGACGCGUUUCUCCUGUUACACAGAACUCAUCCUGAUCGACGAGGGACAAGGAAACACUACAACCCGGGGCUGCGCCGAGAUAUACCUGGGACAUCAAUCGUCGUGUACGGGGCGAAUAUUAUAAUUUAUCUUUUGAUAUCAAAUACUGUAACACCGCGGUGGUAGACAUGUGUUCUAAUAAUUUCACUGACGUGAAUUUACGUUGUAAUUAUACCAUAUACGCAAGAAAAUGCAAGGCAUCAAACCGUCACUCUACAUACAUCCAACUCGGUAUGUCGGAUAGAAUAAUUAUAUACUAUAGUACCUAAUUGAAAUUGCACCUGUAACAAGUCACGGUAUAUUUUCCACGUAGAUUUCACGUACCAUGUAUGAGUAAAUUAUAUAAAACUACGUGCCAUGCCCAUUACGUAGUUUAUGGUAUUUAACCGUACGAAAUAUUUAUUUUAUUCGCUUCGUAUUUUUUUUUUUAUUUUUCCGUCAGAAUUCGGUGAAUCAAAAGAAACAGAACAAUCGAUUGAUUGUUAUAUUAAUUGACUGAAUUAACCGAAUAGUUUGUUGGAGGAAAAAAUUCUAUGCAGGCAUACAGAUUUAUUUUCAUCGGGGUACACGUAUUUGCACUUGUAAAAUAUCCCCCCAUCAUUAAUUCCGAUCUCAUCUUGAGCGACAUUCCGAUGAAUCAAUCUCAUAAUAUAUUGCUCAAGUUGCUUGUACCUCGGUAGGUUACACGACUGUCCGUAUGUAACGUGUUUUCUAUGUAUCGUACGCACAUGCCUAUAUACGAGUUCGCGUAAAAAAAUUGAAUUAAAAUCCAUCUACCUAUCAGUCGGGCGUAAUAUAAAUGAGUAUAUGUAUGUAUAAUUAUAUAAAACGAAUACGUGAUACACGUAUACUGAGCAGAUAUAUAAAUUUAUUUAGAGAAUCAAAACCGCGAGUUUGCUGUUAAGUUUUUUUUACUUAUUAUCAUUUUAUUUUUAUUUUCAUUUUAUUUUGCAUCCAUAUAAGCGUAAAUACAUGUAGGUAUGUAGCGCGAAAACUAUCCUGUACAAUUUAUACAUACAACGACGUGUGUCUUGCUGAAAUGUAGUCUGAAUUAAUUAAUGAAUUUAUUUAUUUAUUUAAUUAGCUCGAAUCCAGUGCAGCGCUAAAUAUAAUUCUCAUGUUACGUACACGCGUGAAUGUAGAUUAUUAUCCCAUAUGGCGAAUACAUGAUUCUUAGCAGGAUUUAUAGCGCAUUCCAUAUCAGACGCGACACUUUUGUCAAAAUAUUAUUUGAACUUGAUAAAACCUUCAUGUUUUUGACUUA